AUGGCCACAAACUCCCAACACGACGACGUUUUCUUCGAUGCCUUCCACCAAUGUCCUUUCCACCAUUGCUCCGGCACCACCCACCACAACAUGCCAGAAUCUCCCCCCUCUUCUUCCGGUCAACGCGACCCUGACCCACCCUCUUCACCUUCGUCCACCAAACUCCGUCGCCGUUCAAUUUACCGUCUAUCACUGGAUAAAGAAUCACCCGACACCGUUUCCUGCACCAAUUCGAAUAACCCUGCAACAACGAAGAGUCAAAAUCCUGCAGUUUUGAAGGAAAAUGAGAAUUUUUACGAGGAAGGAAAAUUUCAUCUGUCUCCAUCUCCGAGUGGUGUUAUCGAAGACGAUAGAAACGAGGAAUCGACGUUAACUACAGCUACACACGACGAAACACUCGGUGAUUCAGCUGAUUCAGCGGGUGAACUAAACGAUUUAUCUUCGAAUUUACUUGAUUAUGCAACGGGGUUUGUGAUUAGGGCAAUCAUGUUUCAAAUUAGGGUUUUCUUUAUGUUAAUGAAGGCUCCAGUUUCAUUCAUAUUUCAUACUUGGAUAUUUUGUGUAGACCCUUUUGGAACAAUGAGAAAAGGGAAAGUUUUUUAUUUGUGGAUUUUGGGUAGGGUUUGGAGUAGUGUUUGUGAGUUCAUUGGUCCUUCAGUACUUCAAUGGUUGAACGAAAAUAAGUCCUUUUGGAAUGUUGCAUUUCGUUGUGGAUGGGGUUUCUUGUGGUCAAUCUAUGUCUGUAGCAUUUUGUUUGCUCUUUUGGUUUCAUCGCUGGUGUUUAGUGGGUUUUUGGUGAAGGCUUUGGUGGAAAAGCCCUUUCAGAUGAAGCAGGUUUUGAAUUUUGAUUAUACUAAACAGAGUCCUGUUGCAUUGGUUCCUAUAAUAUCAUGUUUUGGUGUUGCUGGUGAGCAUCGUUCGGAUGAGAGCGGCAUUGCUGUUGAUAGGUGGGUGAAUAAAAGGGUAAUCCCUUCUAAACAAAAAGUGCAGCUCACUGUUUCAUUGCUAGUGCCGGAGUCGGGAUACAACACAAAACUUGGUGUAUUUCAGAUCAGGGUAGACUUCUUAUCUUCUAAUGGUAAAAUAAUUACAAGUUCGAGGCAACCUUGCAUGUUAAGAUACAGAAGUGAGCCUAUCCGCCUAGUCACGACUUUCCUCAAGAUUGUGCCGCUACUAACUGGUUAUAUAUCAGAGACCCAGACCCUGGAUGCCAAGAUGAAUGAUUUUGUUGAAGGGGAUGUACCUACUUCAUGCUUAAAAGUAACCCUUGAGCAGCGAGCGGAAUAUCUACCUGGAGCUGGCAUUCCUCAAAUAUAUGAUUCAUCUAUACUUGUUGAAUCAAAACUUCCUUUGAUCAAGAGGGUUUUAUGGUAUUGGAAGAUUGGCUUAUUUAUAUGGAUUGCGAUGACGGUAUUCGUGAUGGAGCUGCUCUUUGUUCUUGUGUGCUGCUGGCCUAUGAUUAUUCCAAGAACCAGGCAAAGGAGUGGUUCUGCUCGCCGUACUAGUAGCCAAAACAAUCUUCAGGCACCGAGUUGA